AUGUUGGGGAGGUCGGCUCUGAGGAGAAGGUGGCAGGGCGGCUCCCUCUCCUCCCCGGCCUCCUCGCAGGCCUCGGCCGCCGCCUUUUUCCUCAUGUCUCGCCCCUUCCCGGGCUCCCCUCCUCAGCCACUCCCCGGGGAGGCACAGCUGGGGCCCGGACACCCUCCUUGCCCACAGGGCCAGGGCCCCCCUGGCCACCUGCCACAGCCCCGCCAUGUCCCUGCCUCUCCCCCAUGGCCUGGCCACCUCCUGAUGGCAGGAGGCGAGGUGAGGAUGGCCCGGCAGGGAGAGGAGAUGGGACCUGUCGCCAUGCCUGAAGGACAGCGAGUGCCCGUUUCACCACGGAGACCUGCAUCUACAACAGAGGUUGCUGCUCAGCAUCCUGGACAUGUGCCCUGCCGAAUUUGCUGCCCCAGAUGCCUUGCAGAGGUCUGGGAUUACCUGAAAGGAGACGUGGAAUUUGUCCACAAGGAUGAAAUAGACAGACGGUUGGAAAAGAAGCUGAAGAUCACGCAGAAGGAAAGAGCCGGGUCUUCCAGACUGGAUGUAGCUACAGCUAUGGGGAAGCCAUUUAAGAAAAAGACACUCAAAGGAAGAAAUGGAAAGUCAAAAUCUCCUCCUAAAGUGCCGAUCGUGAUUCAGGACGACAGCCUUCCUGCAGGUCCUCCCCCGCAGAUCCGCAUCUUGAAGAGGCCGACAACCAACGGCGUGCUUAGCAAUCCCAACUCCGCCAGCAGGCCGGCCUUCCCUGUGAAAUCCUUGGCGCAGAGGGAGGCAGAAUACGCGGAAGCCAGGAAACGAAUAUUGGGCAGCGCAAGCCCCGAAGAAGAGCAGGAGAAACCCAUUCUAGAUAGGCCGCCGAGGAUCUCCCAGCCGGAAGACACCAGACAGCCCAAUAAUGUGAUUAGGCAACCCCUGGGUCCCGAUGGCUCACAAGGCUUCAAACAACGCAGAUAAACGCAGGCGAGAGAUGCUGCUGCGAAAGGCAGGGUCCGCCGCCACGGGUCGCACUGCCGUGACGGACAAAUGGACUUGAGCAAAGGGAACUACCUGGUUUAUUUGCACUGUGAUCCCCUUUGCUCUGCCCACUGUGACCUUCAACCCCACGCACUGUGACCUCCCCUCUCCACCCACUGUGACCGGCAAACCGAGAAGGGCUGUCCCCAAGUCACUGUAAAAGGAAAGGGGACAACGAGGCGGGGCGGGGGGGUUAUAAAGGACUCGGAUGGGUGCAGGGAGUUGUGUGUGUGCCACUUGGGUUGAAGCUAGCGCCAGCAAUAAUGUUUGUUGUACUCGUAACCUGGCAUUUAAGGAAAAAAAAAAAAAUGGGAAGCCUCCCCAGAUGCGCAUGUUGUCCUCAUCACUUUAAGAGCAAGUUCUGUUUCAAAGGAUCUCUUUUAUUUUAUUUUUUCUUGUUUGUUUUCUGUAUAUCAGAUCAACGGAGUGCAUGGGAAGGGUUUUAACUGUUUGUUUUAAUUGAGAGAGGUAGUUAAGUGUUCAAAAAGGAGUUUCAAUGAAUUUCUGCAACUUUCAUGGCUCGGGUUUGGGCAAGCUCUUGCUUCUCGUUCUCUAUUUCUACCGCUGCCAAGCACGUAGAAGCGGACUCCCAGAUACCUGGCCUUUCCGAUCGCCGUGGGAGCCGUCGGAGUCCCACGACCUAGUUUACGUCUUGCACCUGUUAAAGCUUGCCUAGUAUUUUCUGCUGGCUUUGAGGAAAAGCUUAAAAUACAUCUUUUUUUUCUUUCUGUACUUGGGGAGAAGGGAAUGUAGACCGAUCCCGUGAAAAUGCCUGCUGUCCGGCUGCUGUUUGUGGCAGAAAGACGCAGGCGGUGAAGAAUUAGGGCUCCGUUGCGAGGAGCAGAAUAGCCGUCACCGCUCCGGUCCGUGAAAUAAAUAGGUGGCGAGGAGCCCCGCUCCGUACGGCCCACACUCGUCGAGCGGCUGGUGAAACGACGGGGAGUGCAGGAUGUCCCACGGGUCCGAACCCGAGUGGCUUAACGAUGGAGUGAAGGCUCUGAUCGCUCUCUUGGUCACGGUACGAGCUGCGUUUGCAUCCCAAAAUCGCAGACAUUGGGAACAAAAACGGUGUUGGAUAAAGUCUGGAUGAUUCUCCUGUCUUCCUGGCGGCAGCCAGCUCCCCGCGAGGCUUCAGGGAAGGGAUUUUCCUCCUCUGGCUCCUGGGAAGAGGACAGGGAGGCUGGUGGCCUGCAAGAACGUGGAUGUUCCCCCUCCGGACGAAGCUGACUUACCUUAAUAUCGCUUAAUACUGAGGGAUUAGAUGAACACUAAAUGCUCUUCUUGGAGGAGACGGUACCUAGAAAACCAUUUCUGGUUCUCAGCGGAUUAUUCUGUACAGCUGCGCCCUUCCUGCCUCUUCGUGCUCAGUAGGUUCAAGGGUAAACAAGCAAAUCUUGACGUCUUCUACCUGAUGGGAAGCGACCAUACAAAAAAACACGUAUGGAAAUACAGCUUAAAAAAAGAAACAAAAAACAAAUGGUAAAAUAAAACUACCUGUGUAUAAAAAGAAUCCGUUAGAGCGUUAAUUAGCUGAUUAAAGCACGGAGGACGGUGGCGAGGUGGGGAUGGGCAAAUGUCCCCUGGGCAUCCCCAACCACUGGCACUUUUUUUUGGGGGUGGGGGGUGUCUUAUUUACCCCCCAGCCCAGGCUGGUGGUCAGGAUGAGUCACCGGGGGGGCGCAGGAGGGGAGAAGGACGUCAGCAAUAACCGUAGUCACCGCGCCUUUCCUUAAUUAUUACUAAAAAUAGCUUUUAAUGGCCAAAAAAACCCCCCAAAUCCAUCCAGUUACUGGUGUAGCUGGCCAGCGUUAAAGUUGCCGUCUCCGGCACCGAAAUCUCCGUCUCUGGCGCCGAAAUCUCCGUCUCUGGCACCGAAAUCUCCUGGCUCCUCCAUCCCAGUGACCAGGAUACGUCCCGCCCGCGGGCAGGGCUCGGCGGCGUUCCUGUGGGAAGCCCCUUCGUCCCGGGAAGGUGGAGGAUAAACACGGUACCGCGUGUUUUCACCCCAAAAUGUGCGCCGAAAAGAAAAUGUUUUAUAAAUUGUAUUUUAAAUAAAUGUCUUUAAACUUUUAA